AUGCACUUCGGAUUGGCGGAUGCAUCUGUGUGGCUAGUGUUGAUCGCGGUGCGAUUACAGCUUUGCAACUGCUCGAAGUACACCUGCACGAUCGGUACGGAUGGCUUUUGCAUCUUCCAGGGCGUGCACAUCGAAAGCCCGGAACAGGCGGCAAGCGUACAGCUGGAACCGCCGGCCGCACCGACGGCCGACGUGACGCGUGUCAAGUUCCGCGACUCGAGCAUGUACAUGCUGCCGCCCGGUCUGUACGGUGCCUUCCGCCAUCUGGAGGAACUGCGCGUCUGGUGGAUGCACCUGCACAGUAUUCACAUCGAUCCACGGCUGCUAACGCUGGACGCGGAGAAGAAUCGCAUCAGCAGCAUUACGACCGAUCCGGGCACGGUGCCAUUGCUGCAGAAGCUCGAACUCAACCAGAACCGGCUGCGCAAUAUCGACAACAUCUCGGUGUUUGAAAACCUGGAGGUAUUGCAGGUGGCGCAUAACGAUCUCCGCACGCUGGAUCUGUGCGUGUUCCAGCGGAUGGCCAAGUUGCGGCUGCUCGACCUUUCCAGCAACAAUCUGGCAUUGGUACGGAGCUCCAUCGGGCCGGAGAAGCUUACCUCGCUGACAGUAUUAUAUCUGAACGAUAACCGGCUUACCUACCUGGACCUGGGCGUGCUCCGUUCGUUUCCGGCACUGGAAAAGGUGAAUCUUGCCAACAAUGCGCUCGUCUACGUGGACCACGAUGCGCUGCCGACUAUGUUGCCCCGAUUGCGCGUGUUCUACAUACAGAGCAACGACUGGCACUGUGAGGGACUUACCGAGCUGGUCGGCCAGCUCAGAAAGACCGGUGCGCAGGACUUUAAGCUGUUCAGUGCAUUUAUCUGCAAGGAGCGGACGGUCGAGGGUGUGUGCUGUACGGAAAAUAAACCCUUCGCGCUGGUGCGCAAAUCGAACCAGUAUCUUGCCAGCUACACAACCGAACUCAACGGGCACACGCGCCAUCUGAUGCGCGAGCUGCAGCACACGCGCCACGAGGUUGCGCGGCUGAUUGCGAACGACAACUACACGCAGGUGUCGCUGCAGAACAUCGGUGACGAGGUGGAGGAGCUUCGGAAUCAGCUGACCGAAGCGCUGGCGGCCCCAGAUCCCGUAACAGGCCGGCCAGAGAAGCCAACCGCCGCCACCCGCACGCUGCCGGACGGUUCCGUCAAUCCGGAGCGGCUCGUCUCGGAGGUUUCGAAGUUGCGGCGCGGCUUACAGAAAAUGGCCGACGAGCAUAAAACGCUUCGGCAAGAGUAUGACAAGCUGCAGAAGGAGCUGGAAGCGCUGCGGACCGACACCAACCAGACGAAGCUGUCGUUCGAGCUGAUGAAGGAGGAGAACGCACUGCUGCGGCAGAACCUUCGCCAGCUGGAGCAGAAGCUACAGCAGCUGUUUAGCCGUGGUGCGAACGUCUGA